AUGGCGAAUCUCCGAGGAGUCCUCCUCAACGUAUCUUCCUAUUGCCAACGUUCCUUCUCUCAAUCGCAUUCUUCAUCGGGGCUCUUAUGGCGAUCCGUGGUAAACCAUCCUAACAAUCUCAGUCAGAUUCAAUCUAGACUCAUCUCGACAACACCUAUCAAACCGAGAUCACCGUAUAGUGGUAGGGAGCAAGGUGUGAAGCGAAAUGGCGCGGAUCACAGACGUAGAUUGCUCGCGGCUAGAUUCGAGCUUAGAAGGAAGCUUUAUAAAGCGUUUUGUAAAGAUCCAGAUCUUCCUAGCGAUAUACGAGACAAGAAUCGGUAUAAGCUGUCUAAAUUGCCGAGAAACAGUGCAUUUGCGAGGAUUAGAAACCGAUGUGUGUUCACUGGUCGAUCUCGUUCAGUAACUGAGCUCUUUCGGAUGUCUCGAAUCUGUUUCCGUGGAUUAGCUAAUAAAGGUGCUUUGAUGGGCAUUCAGAAAUCGUCUUGGUAG